UAGUAAAUAGAAGAAUUCUGAGAACUAAGCCAUGCAGAAACUGUCCACAAACCAGACAGGCAGAGGGACCCAGCAGAGACUAGCAAAGCCUGUAAGUCAUCACAUUCCAUCAGAAACAUCCAGAUGCAAACACAUGAGAGAGCCCUUCAACAACACUGCUGAACCGCUGCUGGGACUGCCAAACUCAGCAACGCCGCAAGUACUGGAGCAGGUAUGGUAGCAGGCCUGCUGAAGAUACUUGCAUAAGGAACCCUCCCAAAGCCCUUCCCCGAGGAGAAAAGAGCUAGGAAGAGAUCAUAUUUGAAAUAUGGCUCAGAGUGACUUCCUCUACCCAGAGAACCCGAGGAGGCGGGAAGAAGUCCACCAUCUUCACCAACAGCUCCUUGAUUGCUUAUCUGACAGCUUCCAUGCCACCAAUAAGCUGAUUGGAGUCUUAAAUAUGCAUUUGGGGUGCAAGCUGGACUCCAUUGAGAUGAAAAGAAAUGGGACCAUCAAAGAAAAUUGUGAUAUCAUCAUCCAAGCCGUGAUGAAAAUCCAGAAGGAAUUGCAAAAGGUUGAUGAAGCACUCAAAGAUAAACUAGAGCCAACCCUUUAUAGAAAACUUCAGGAUAUUAAGGAGAGGGAAACAGAAAAAAUUGCAAUAGUACAAAAGGUUAUUUCAGUCAUCCUGGGAGAAGCUACUUCUGCAGCCAGUGCAGUGGCUGUUAAACUUGUGGGCUCGAAUGUCACGACUGGCAUAAUUAACAAGUUGGUCACUGUGUUAGCUCAAAUUGGUGCUUCUCUCCUUGGUAGCAUAGGAGUCGCUGUUCUUGGCCUUGGCAUAGAUAUGAUCUUCCGUGCCAUCCUGGGAGCAGUGGAAAAAACGCAGCUACAAACAGCCAUCAAGAGUUAUGAGAAGCAUCUGGUGGAAUUCAAGUCAGCCUCAGAAAAAUAUCAUCAUGCUAUUACUGAGGUCACCAACACAGUGAAACAACAAAUGAAAUAAACAGCCACCUUAUUUGCCACUGGAAUACUUUCUGCUUCUCUCUCAAUUAUAGUAUUUGGUUUCUUAGAUUAGGUUCAUUUUCCAUAAACUUUCAUCAUAGACGUAAAUACAAUAAACAAAUUGGGAAAAGGAAUUAGAGAUGCUAAAACUAGAUGACUCUUGAGUUUUGCAACAAUAAAUGCCUGGGUCAGUUGAUGCUAGACCCUGUGAGUUAAAAGACUGACCCAGGAUGUCUUCUCACUCUACUCUACCAAAUAAUGUUAGGGUAAAUGCUAUUAUAGAAAAGGUGUAGAGAUUGCCUUUUCCUUUCUAAUUCCCAGUCAAAAUCCUUAAAUGUAAAUGAGUGCUGAGACUUUCAUUUCUACCACUUCAGACAUCAUUUAGCUUUAAGAGGACAUACUUAGUAAUUUCCACCUGGACACAAACCCUGGGCCUUUGAAUAGAAUACAAAUACUACCAUAAUUUCAAUCAUCACUUUAAAUCCAAGUUUCUGUAAACUGGGAAAGACUAAAAUAUGGUUUGUAACAAUUAACUUCAAUGAUAAAAGGAAGCAAUAGUUCUAUAAACUUCUAAUUAUACACUAUAAUCUGAAUCUAUUUUUAACAGAUAAAAGUUAAAACUAAAAAGAUAAAGGUUUUGUUUCUGUAAUUGCAAUCAACCCUGACCAAUCUGGUAUGACAAUUAAAUAUCCCUCAAGUGAA